CAUCUUACAUGCCCAUCCCCAAGAAGACCCCUCAGAGCACACACACACACAUACACUCCCAAGGGUGUUUUGCAUAGAGCUCCAACACACUUUCAGGAGCAUCAAUACAUUUUGGACAAAGUUUUUAUUUAUUUAUUUUUUUUAAAGAAAAAUGGCCAACUCUGGUAUUCAGCUUUUGGGCUUCUUCAUGUCUCUGAUUGGCAUCGUGGCGCUGAUCAUCGGCACCAUUCUGCCCCAGUGGAAGAUGUCAGCCUACAUCGGAGACAACAUCAUCACGGCUGUGGCCAUGUACCAGGGACUGUGGAUGUCCUGCGCCUUCCAAAGCACCGGGCAGCUCCAGUGCAAGAUCUACGACUCCAUCCUGCAGCUGGACAGCUCUUUGCAGGCCACCAGGGCGCUGAUGAUCGUGGGCAUUAUCGUGUCGGUGGCGGGCCUGGGCGUGGCCUGCAUGGGCAUGAAAUGCACCACCUGUGGGGGUGGCGACAAACUCCGCAAGGCCCGCGUUGCCAUGACGGGGGGCAUCAUCCUGCUAGUGGGGGGCCUGUGUGCCAUCGUGGCGUGCUCCUGGUUCGCUCACAACGUGAUCCGGGCCUUCUACAACCCCUACACCCCCGUCAACACAAAGUUUGAGUUUGGCGCCGCCAUCUUCAUUGCAUGGGGCGGGUCGCUUCUGGACGUCCUGGGCGGCGCCAUGUUGGCUGCCUCCUGUCCGCGAAAGAAGCAAUCGUCCAAGUACCCGUCUAUGGCCAGCUCUCGCUCCGGGCCUGGGAGCAGCAAUAAGGAAUAUGUCUAAAUUCCUUAUAUGCCCUUUAUUAUUCUUAUUAUUGUUAUACAAACAUUCAAUGCUUUAUUACUGUAUUACUUUUUGUACUUUUCUUUUUUCCCAUAUGUGCCUUUGAUAACUGCUUGAUGAUGACUCAGCACUGUUUCACACGGUCCUAAUAAAGAAAUAUAUAUUUA